AUGGGUAACUGCCUCGGUUCUUCAGCUAAAAUAGAAGCAGCUCACAGUUCCAGAACCCCUUAUGGAAUUUCAAAGACUAGUCCUUCAUCUGUUCCUUCCAACUUAUCUAUUCAGUCAGAUUGUGAGGCAAGUGAUGUCUCAAGUCUUCCCACACCAAGGUCCGAGGGUGAAAUCUUGUCUUCCCCAAAUCUUAAGGCCUUUAGUUUUAAUGAGCUACGGAAUGCCACCAGAAACUUUCGCCCCGACAGUCUUCUUGGGGAAGGAGGAUUUGGUUAUGUUUACAAGGGGUGGAUUGAUGAACACACAUUUACAGCUUCAAGACCAGGAUCAGGAAUGGUAGUAGCUGUUAAGAAACUCAAGCCUGAAGGGUUACAAGGUCAUAAGGAGUGGUUGACUGAAGUGGACUACCUUGGGCAACUUCACCAUCAGAAUCUGGUUAAAUUGAUCGGAUACUGCUUGGAGGGAGAAAACCGGCUGUUAGUCUAUGAGUUUAUGUCCAAAGGGAGCCUAGAGAAUCAUCUAUUUAGAAGAGGACCACAGCCUCUAUCUUGGUCAGUGAGAAUGAAAGUGGCUAUUGGUGCUGCCAGAGGGCUCUCUUUUCUUCAUAAUGCCAAGUCUCAAGUCAUAUACCGUGAUUUUAAAGCAUCUAAUAUCCUACUUGACGCUGAUUUCAAUCCUAAACUCUCUGAUUUUGGCUUAGCAAAGGCCGGCCCUACGGGUGAUAGAACUCAUGUCUCUACUCAAGUCAUGGGAACUCAAGGAUACGCAGCACCUGAAUAUGUUGCAACAGGUCGGCUGACGGCUAAGAGUGAUGUAUACAGCUUUGGUGUUGUGUUGCUUGAGCUAUUGUCGGGUAGACGUGCCGUUGACAGAACAAAAGCUGGUGUGGAGCAGAAUCUAGUAGAGUGGACAAAACCAUAUUUGGGUGACAAAAGAAAACUAUUUCGGAUUAUGGACACCAAGUUGGGAGGCCAAUACCCACAAAAAGGAGCCUACAUGGCUGCCACUCUUGCUCUAAAAUGCCUAAAUCGUGAAGCCAAGUCAAGGCCUCCAAUGACAGAGGUUUUAGAAACUCUUGAACAGAUUGCAGUCUCAAAAACUGCAGGGAGAAACUCCCAAUCAGAACAGAAGAGAGUCCAUGGUCCUGUAAGAAAGUCUACAAGUCAAAUGGGUGCCCUUUGA